UGCAGUCCCCCUCCCGCUCCGGAUCCCCGUCAUGGUCCUGCUCAUCCUCUUGCCGCCACUCGGCUGCUCCUGCCUCAUCAUCCUGGCCUGCUUCUGGUGCCAUCGCUGCCGCCAGAAACGGAGACAGUCCCCGCGGGGCUUGGCCAGGACUGGAACUGCCACGGCGACGGCAGCAGCCGCGCGUGCACCCAGAGCCCCCUGUGCAGCCUGGCUCCACAAGGCUGCUGCGGCUGCCAGAAAGGCCUUCCGACGGGCCAGGCCUGCAUCGGCUGGAGACGUCCUGCAGGACAGAGCCAGAGGCCCUGACAUGGCUGCAGCCCUGGCCGGAAGCCCUUCCUACGUGAACGUGGGCCCUGCCGCUGCAGCACCUGCUGACAACACCUAUUCCCUGGCCAGCAACCCAUACGAAUUGCCUGACAGUGUGGAAACACCCAGAGCUUCCUACAUGACGAUGGGCCCCGCCGCUGCUGCACCUGCUGGCAAGACCCUCUACCUGGCCAGCAGCCAUUCCUAUGCAACUGUGGGGCCCCCCACUGCUGCACCUGCUGGCAAGGCCCUCCCCCUGGCCGGAAGCCCUACCUACGUGAACAUGGCCCCCAAUGCUGCUGCACCUGCUGGCAAGACCCUCCCCCUGGCCUGCAGCCCUUCCUAUGCGGCUGUGGCCCCCGACGCUGCUGCCUCUCCCAGCAAGACCCUGCCCCUGGCCAGCAGCCCAUAUGCGAGGCCUGGCAGGGUGGAGACACCCAGAGCUUUCUACACGGCUGCAGCUCCCCAUGUUGCUGCAUCUGCCAGUUGGCCUCUCCCCCCGGCUGCCAUAGCAGGGGCUGGCAUGGAGCAGGCACCCGGAGGCUCCUACGCAGCUGGUCCCCCUGACGCUGCAGCUUCCCGCGACACCCUCCCUCUGGGGGCCAGCGCCUCUGCCUUGGCUGGCGUGCUGGGCUCACCCGCCAGAGCCCCUGGCGCCGCAGCUGCCAGUGAGACCAUGCCCCUGGGGGCCAGCCUGGAAGAUCUUCCUCCUCCUCCCUCCCCUGCAAAGGAGCCCAGCGACCGGGAGUUUGUUUUCCCCUCUCCUCCUGCCUUCUCCCCAGCCGGCUCCAGGGGCAGCAUGCGGCUCCCCUCCUGAUUGGCUGUCCCAAUACAUGUCUGUCCCGGCCGAUGGGGCUACUCCUGUCUCUUUGACUCCCUGGCUCCUAGGCAAGCUGGGAGAUCACGCCUGGGUCAGCACAUGCUCCCUGCCAUGCAGAGAGCCAGGACCCAUCUCCCCCUGCAGCUGGGGCCCU